AUGGCCUCCCAGCAGCCAGACAGGAUCCGCAGUCCCAACCCCGUCUUGUCAGGCAUUUCGAGGCUCGCGAGCAGAUCUCUCGAGGAGCAGGGAAACGGCUGGUCCGAUCUGUGGGAUACAGGAGACGAUCAUUUCUGGGAUAGGGGGGAACUGUCUGCUGCGUUGAUCGAGAUCCUGGAACAACGCCAGGAUCUGUUCCGUCCGGUGGUGGAUGGUCGUCGGAAGAAAGUCUUGUGA